AUAAAUUAGUAUUUUGCCUCAAAUUUAUUAGUUUGUCUAAAACCUUAAAAUCUGCAGAGUCGCACGGUGGCGCUGCAGGAUAAGAUGGUGAAAUGUUUUUAACAGCAGAAGGUCUGGUUUCCCCUUAAAGCGUGGAGCUUAGAGCGUUGGAGAAGCAGAAGAGGGCCUUGGAAAGGAAAUGUAGAGCACAAACCCUCGAAAUCAGGAUUACAAAUCUGUAGGUUUUCAAAGGUGCUGGCUGAUGAUGAGAGGAGCAGUUCCAAGAGCUGCUAGAGAUUUGGUUUGAAAGGUUUCUGAAGAAAGACGUUUGGCUACGCAGCCAUGGAGCUGGGAGAGGGAAGCUCGCCACCGAUCAGGCAAGUGCUGCUUUUGUUUGUUUGCCUGGGAGGGUCUUUGGUGUGUUCUGAGACCUGGAGCUAUUCAGUGGCAGAGGAAAUAGAGAUUGACUCCUUUAUAGCUAACGUGGUGAAAGACAUGAGUCCCAGCACGGAGGACCUCGCUGCACGGAGGGCCAGAGUGAUUUUUGACAGCUAUAAACCUUAUCUGCGUUUGGAUCUGCAGACUGGCAACUUGCUGGUAAAUGAGCGACUGGACAGGGAGGCACUCUGUGAUAUCAUUGAGCCAUGUGUAUUGCAUUUCCAGGUAUUAUUUGAAAACCCUUUGCAGUUUUUUUGGGCUGAGCUUUUGGUCAAAGACAUCAAUGAUCACGCUCCCACCUUCCUAGACAAAAAUAUACUUCUAAAAAUCUUAGAAGGUACUACUUCAGGAACCUCAUUCCCAAUGGAUAGUGCUCAAGAUUUAGAUGUAGGAAAGAAUGGUGUCCAAAAUUAUACAAUAACCCCCAAUCCUCAUUUCCACCUUAAAUUGCAAGACAAUGAUGAUGGCAGUAAAUACCCAGAGCUGAUACUGGAUCGACCUCUAGACCGUGAAAAGGAGCCAGAGCUUAGUUUGAUGCUGACAGCCUUAGAUGGUGGGUCACCGCCCAGGUCUGGGAUUGCCCUGAUUCGCGUGGUGGUCCUAGAUAUCAAUGACAAUGCCCCUGAGUUUGAGAAGCCGGUAUAUGAAGUUCAGGUGCCAGAGAACAGCCCUGUGGACUCCUUGAUCAUCAAGGUGUCCGCUUCAGACUUAGAUGCAGGGAUAAACGGAGAACUCUCCUAUUCGUUUUCCCACGUCUCCAGAGAUGCACGAAAAACAUUUGAAAUCCAUCCGAUUUCGGGUGAAGUUCAUUUAAAAGCACUUCUAGAUUUCGAGACAAUUCAGUCUUACACAAUUAACAUUCAGGCCAUUGACGGCGGAAGUCUUUCUGGAAAAGCAACCAUUUUAGUUCGUGUUGUAGAUGUGAAUGACAACCCACCAGAAAUAGCCAUGACGUCCCUCAUCAGCCCCAUCCCAGAAAACUCUUCACCUGAGAUGGUGGUCGCUGUUUUCAGUGUUCGAGAUCCAGACUCUGGAGAAAACGGAAGGACGGUUUGCUCCAUCCAGAAUGACCUCCCGUUUCUUUUGAAGCCAACUUUCAAGAACUUCUACACCCUGGUAACUGAGAGCCCGCUGGACAGGGAGACCAGGGCCGAGUACAACAUCACCAUCACCGUGUCCGACCUGGGCACGCCCAGGCUGACCACCCGGCACCACGUCGCGGUGCAGGUGUCCGACGUGAACGACAACGCCCCGGCCUUCAGCCAGGCCGCCUACACCCUGCUGGUGCGCGAGAACAACAGCCCCGGGCUGCUCAUCGGCUCCGUGAGCGCCAGCGACAGGGACGCGGGCGCCAACGCGCAGGUGACCUACUCGCUGCUGCCGCUGCCACAGCAGCCCGACGUGGCGGCGCUCGUGUCGGUGCACGCGGACAGCGGGCAGCUGUACGCGCUGCGCGCGCUCGACUACGAGGCCCUGCGCGCCUUCGAGUUCGGCGUGCGCGCCGCCGACCGCGGCUCCCCGGCGCUGAGCAGCGAGGCGCGCGUGCGCGUGCAGCUGCUGGACGCCAACGACCACGCGCCGGCCGUGCUGUACCCGCCGGCCAACGGCUCGGCCGCCUGCCCGGAGCUGGUGCCGCGCGCGGCCGACGCGGGCUACCUGGUGACCAAGGUGGUGGCGGUGGACGGCGACGCGGGCCAGAACGCCUGGCUGUCGUUCGAGCUGCUCAAGGCCACGGAGCCCGGGCUGUUCGGCGUGUGGGCGCACAGCGGCGAGGUGCGCACGGCGCGGCCGCUGAGCGAGCGCGACGCGCCCAGGCAGCGGCUGCUGGUGCUGGUGCGCGACCACGGCGAGCCGCCGCUGUCGGCCAGCGUCACGCUGCACGUGCUGCUGGUGGACGGCUUCUCGCAGCCCUACCUGGCGCUGCCCGAGGCGGCGGCGGCGGCCGAGGCGGCGCGGCCCGACUCGCUCACGGUGCAGCUGGUGGUGGCGCUGGCGGCGGUGUCGUCGCUCUUGGUGCUGAGUGUGCUGGCGCUGGUGGCGGCGCGGCUGUGCGGCGCGGGCGCGGGCGGGGGCGCGGGCGGUGUUGGUGUGGGGGCGGGGUGUGCGGUUGGCGGCGGCGGAGGCGGCGCGGGUGCGGAGGGCCGCUUCCCGGGGCCGCUGCUGGACGUGAGCGGCGGCGGGACGCUGUCGCACAGCUACCAGUACGAGGUGCGCCUGACGGGCGACGCUGGGACUGGGGAGUUCAAGUUCAUGAAGCCCAUUAGCCCUAAUUAUCAGGAUGCUUUCAGUAACUUGGAGGAAAACUCCACAUUUGUUAGUGGUCUUGGAUACAAUUAGCAAACUAUUGAUAUUUCAGAGCAUUUUAGGUAAGGAAUAGAUGGGUUUUUUCCCUGUUAGUUUUCUAUUAACCUUUUGUUUUUGUUGUUGUUCAUAUGGAAAUCCUAGUGUUUGCAUCAGUUUCCUAGUUAGGAGUUUAUAGAUCUUAUUGGGUUGUACCUCCACAGCCUCUUAUCUUUUAUUUUGAAGGAGACAAAUGGAUUUUCAACCUUAUUUAUUACUGAAAAGUCACCAAUAUUAGUUAAAUUUAUCAACUUUUCAACGUCCCGUUUGGAGAUGUUCCUAGUGCCAUUCUGU